GUCAAGCUGGGAGGUGAUUAUCAACAAAAUUGUAAUUAUUUUGUGAUAAAACUUGUGUAAAUGUCUACAAAGCCAAUCAAAAUGCCGGCGGCAACGAAAGAUUCGACGAUACUGAAGAUUGCAGUGGAAAUGCUGAAUGCGCCGGACAAGGUGCCACAAUUGAUAGAGUUCGAUCAGAGUCAACCCUUAUCCAGCAUAAUACAGGAACUCUGCGAGCGCUGGGGCCUCCCUGACCCUGAUAACUACGCCUUACAGUUCUCUGAAAGCAACAACCAGAAUUACAUCACAGAAAAAAACCGAAAUGCGAUCAAAAACGGUUCGGUACUGCGGCUGGAAUUUUCUCCAGCAAAAACUGUCCAGGACAUCCUAACUAAGAUUAAUUCGGGCGUGGAAACCGACCAGACUGCUGCGCUCAGUAAACUAUCCACGGCCAGCAGCGACCUCACAUUCGCCUGCGAAUUCAUUAAUAAGAAAGGCCUCUCACUCAUCAUCAACAAUAUUGAAUCUGGUAAAUUCAAAAGUGCAGCCUUAAAAUACGCUUUAAUCACAUUCGUUGAACUCAUGGAUCAUGGCAUUAUAUCCUGGGAUAUUUUGGAGAACCAAUUCAUAAAUAAAGUGGCAAGUUUUGUUAACAAUCAAUCAAGCACACAAGAUCCUCAGGUUAUCCAAUCUUGUCUCUCAAUCCUUGAGAAUAUUGUUCUUAACAGUUCUGGUAAGAAUGCUCAUGUAGAAAAGGAAAUUACUAUUCCAAAUCUGGUAUCACAUUUACAAAACAAAGACAGUAUUAUUCAACAGAAUGCCAUUGCAUUGAUCAAUGCUAUAUUCUCUAAAGCAGAUAUGACGAAAAGAAAAACAAUUGCAGCAACAUUGGCUUCUAAGCAAGUUCGUCUUGUCAUUUAUGAGAAUCUGAUUGGGGCCGCUGACUUCUCCAAAAAUGCUUCAAAAGAUGCUCUUGGUACAGAAUUAGCUCACCAGCUUUAUGUAUUACAAACCCUGAUGCUUGGCUUACUGGAACCGAAAAUGCGCCAAAGAGCCGACUCUCAGGAGCAAGAGUCACAGGAAAAGAUUAAGGAAUUGAGGAAAAUUGCAUUUGAGAAUGACAACAGCUUCAACAUUGAAGUUACAACAAGAAGACAACUGGGCAGCUUUUCCAAAGACUUCAAGAAACUUGGCUUCAAAUGUGAAAUAGACCCCAUCAAAGACUUCAAUGAGGUUCCCCCUGGUGUUUUAGGUCUUGAUUGUAUGCUGUAUUUUGCAAGGAAUUAUCCAGAACACUACACAAAGAUUGUCCUAGAGAACAGUUGCAGAGCGGACGAGCAUGAAUGUCCAUUUGGGAAGACAAGUGUGGAGUUGGUGAAACAACUGUGUGACAUAUUGCAUAUUGGAGACCCUCCCAGUGAACAGGGACAGACUUACCAUCCUCUAUUCUUCACACAUGACCAUCCAUUUGAAGAAUUGUUCUGUGUCUGUAUAGUUAUACUUAAUAAGACAUGGAAAGAGAUGAGAGCUACCACUGAAGACUUUGUCAAAGUGUCUAGUGUAGUCAGGGAGCAGAUUAGCAGGUCACUGGCAUGCUCACCAAAAGGCUUCGACAAGUUUCGCCAGAAGAUAAACCAGUUGACAUAUGCUGAUUUAACUAACAUUUGGCUACAGGAACGCACCAAUAGGGAAGUAUGGGAGUCCCAUGCAACACCAAUUGUUGAAUUAAAAGAGAAGAUUACUCCUGAGAUUAUUGAACUGAUUCAGCAGCAAAGAUUAGGGGUGCUUGUGGGAGGCACAAGAUUUAAAAAAUAUUCAUCAAGGGGCCAGAGGAUAAAGGACAAAUUUUGGUUUGUCCGAUUGUCCCCCAACCAUAAAGUAUUGCACUAUGGAGACUGUGAUGAAAAGAGCACUCCAAGUUUAGAAGAGCUUGGGACUAAACUGGCUGUGACUGACAUAAAAUGUGUUGUGGUCGGUAAAGAGUGCCCCCAUAUGAAAGAUUUAAGGGGGAGGAAAAUUAAUGCUCAUUUGGCGUUCUCCCUAAUAUUAAAGUCCAACGAAGUUACAUCUUUGGACUUUGUGGCUCCAGAUGAGCAGGUGUUUGACUAUUGGACUGAUGGUAUUAAUGCUUUAUUGAAAGAAAAGAUGUGCAGCAAUUCAUUUAACAAUGACUUGGAGACUUUAUUAUCUAUGGACAUUAAAGUCCGUUUGCUUGAUGCAGAGGGCAUUGACAUUCCCCAAGACCCUCCCCAGAUACCAGACGAACCAGAGGAUUAUGAUUUCUAUUACGACAAUAAUUAAGAAUACAAUCAAACUUUGCGAUCCAAGUUUUAAGUAUUACAGUCAAUUCCAAAUGUGCAAUACAACGAAAAUGUCUCAUCCAUUAAAGUCCUACAUUCAUGAAUUCAUUUACUCAUAAUUUAAAGACAUUAAUUAUUAUAUUAUAUAUAAGUAUUUUAAUAAUUGAAAAGCACAAAGUAUUUUAGGUGUAAGUGACCAUGUAUUAAGUAUAAUUUGAAAUUAAUUUAAAUAUUUUUAAUUGUUUUAGAUUUAAAUGUACUUGAAUUCCAUUAUAUUAAGAGAUGACUUACAAACUUCCAUUGAAAGAUAUGUGUGGCCAUAUUCCAAUAUUAUAUUUUAUAUACCAAAGAACAUCUAAAGAACAAAGUAUAUUUAAAUGUAUAUUAUUACAGAAUAAAUGUGUUUAACCUGAAGAA